CGCCCCACGCGCCGUGGCCGUUUGAAGUGACUAAUUUCUGUCAUAUGACUGAGGCGCCCAUGGGGGUGGCGGGGUGACUGUAGGAGUGGAGACCUAGCGAGCUCCUAGCCGAGCGACCCCGGCCUGGCCCUGGGCAGCAUGGCCCCUACGCUGUUCCAGAAGCUUUUCAGCAAAAGGAGCGGGCUGGGCGCGCCCGGCCGAGACGCCCGAGACCCGGAUUGCGCAUUCAGUUGGCCUUUGUCAGAGUUUGAUCCAAGCCAGAUUCGACUGAUUGUGUAUCAAGACUGUGAAAGGCGAGGGAGAAAUGUCUUGUUUGACUCCAGUGUUAAGAGAAAAAAUGAGGAUACAUCAGUAUCGAAACUCUGUAGUGAUGCUCAAGUUAAAGUCUUUGGGAAAUGCUGCCAGCUGAAACCUGGAGGAGAUAGUUCUUCAUCUCUGGAUAGUUCUAUCACUUUAUCUUCUGAUGUAAAAGACCAGUGUCCUAAGUACCAGGGUUCUCGGUGCUCUUCUGAUGCCAAUAUGCUUGGAGAGAUGAUGUUUGGCUCAGUAGCAAUGAGCUACAAAGGAUCCACCUUAAAAAUUCAUCAGAUCCGUUCCCCUCCACAGCUCAUGCUCAGCAAAGUCUUUACUGCACGGACUGGCAGCAGUAUCUGUGGAAGCCUUAAUACACUGCAAGACAGUCUUGAAUUCAUCAACCAGGACAACAAUACAUUAAAGGCUGAUAAUAACACAGUUAUUAAUGGACUGCUUGGAAAUAUAGGUCUUUCACAGUUCUGCAGCCCCAGGCGGGCAUUCUCUGAGCAGGGUCCGCUCCGCCUGAUCAGGAGCGCCUCUUUCUUUGCAGUUCACAGCAACCCAAUGGACAUGCCUGGAAGAGAAUUGAAUGAGGAUAGAGACAGUGGCAUAGCACGUUCUGCAUCUCUCAGCAGCUUGCUGAUCACCCCGUUUCCUUCCCCAAACUCUUCACUCACCCGAAGUUGCGCCAGCAGUUACCAGCGACGUUGGCGACGCAGCCAAACAACAAGUUUGGAAAAUGGAGUAUUUCCUAGAUGGUCUAUUGAAGAAAGCUUCAAUCUGUCAGAUGAAAGCUGUGGCCCUAACCCAGGAAUUGUGAGAAAAAAGAAGAUUGCAAUUGGAGUAAUCUUUUCAUUAUCCAAAGAUGAAGAUGAAAAUAACAAAUUUAAUGAAUUCUUUUUUUCACAUUUUCCUCUUUUUGAAAGCCAUGUGAACAAAUUAAAAAGUGCAAUAGAACAGGCUAUGAAAAUGAGCCGGAGAUCAGCAGAUGCCAGUCAGAGGAGUUUGGCAUAUAAUCGAAUAGUUGAUGCCCUAAAUGAAUUCAGAACAACAAUUUGUAAUCUUUACACAAUGCCACGAAUUGGAGAGCCUGUCUGGCUUACGAUGAUGUCAGGGACUCCAGAAAAGAAUCAGCUCUGCCAUCGUUUCAUGAAGGAGUUUACUUUUCUAAUGGAAAAUGCUUCCAAAAAUCAAUUCCUGCCAGCUCUCAUUACUGCAGUUUUGACCAAUCAUCUUGCCUGGGUUCCAACUGUCAUGCCAAAUGGACAGCCACCUAUAAAAAUAUUUUUAGAAAAACAUUCCUCUCAGAGUGUGGACAUGUUGGCAAAGACUCAUCCAUAUAACCCACUUUGGGCACAACUGGGAGAUCUGUAUGGCGCUAUUGGCUCUCCUGUACGGUUAGCAAGGACUGUGGUGGUUGGCAAACGACAAGAUAUGGUCCAUAGGCUGCUUUAUUUUCUUACUUAUUUCAUAAGAUGCUCUGAACUUCAAGAAACUCAUCUUUUAGAAAAUGGAGAAGAUGAAGCCAUUGUUAUGCCAGGCACAGUGAUUACAACCACUUUAGAGAAAGGUGAAAUUGAGGAAUCAGAGUAUGUCCUUAUCACAAUGCAUAGAAACAAAAGCAGUUUGCUCUUCAAGGAAUCUGAAGAGACAAAAACUCCUCAUUGUAACUGUAAAUACUGCAUUCAUCCACUCCUUGGGCAGAAUACAGAGAAUGUGUCCCAACAAGAGAAAGAAGAUACUCAAAAUAAUUCUAAGGAGUCACUAGGAAUUUCAGAUGAAUGCUGAAUGAUUUCUCCUGACUGCCAAGAAGAAAAUGCUGUUGAUGUUAAACAGUAUAAAUUAAGAGCUUGUCUUGACACCAAGUUAGAAACUGUUGUUUGCACAGGAUCUGCUCCAGCAGACAAACGUAUAUUGUCAGAGAAAGGCUCAGAGCCAACAGAGGAAACAUGGCAGGGUAAGGAAUUGCUGGAUUCGGAUAACCACCCAGGCAAAGCAAUGAGAGCCACAGGAAUAGUUGUGGAGAAAAAACCUCCUGAUAAGACUAUGCCUGCUGCGUUUUCUUAUGAUAUAACCCAGACAAAGGUUACUUUCCUCAUUGGAGAUUCUAUGUCACCUGAUUCAGAUACUGAACUAAGGAGUCAGGCAGUGGUGGAUCAGAUAACCAGGCAUCACACCAAACCAUUAAAGGAAGACAGAGGGCCUGUUGAUAAGCAUCAAGAAACUAAACAAACAACUAAGGACCAAUCUGGAGAGUCUGACAUACAGAACAUGGUUUCUGGAGAGCCUGGUGAACUUACUUGUUGGAGUCAUUCGGACCCAGAGAGCAUGAGCUUAUUUGAUGAAUAUUUUAAUGAUGAUUCAAUUGAAACAAGGACUAUUGAUGAUGUUCCAGUUAAAACAAGUACAGACAGUAAAGAACACUGCUCUAUGUUAGAAUUUUCAAAAAGAUUGUGUACAAAAACUAACAAACAGAACAAUGAAUUUUGUAAAUGUAUAGAAACCAUUCAUCAAGAUUCAUGUAAAACCUGCUUUCCUCAGCAAGACCAAAGAGAUACAUACUCCAUUCUUGUCCCCCAUGGGGACAAAGAUAGUGCAGAGAAAAAAAAUGCUGUGGGAACAGAAUGGGACAUUCCAAGAAAUGAAAGUUCAGAUAGUGCCCUUGGGGAUAGUGAAAGUGAAGAUACAGGUCAUGAUAUAACGAGACAAGUCAGCAGUUACUAUGGAGGAGAGCAAGAAGACUGGGCAGAAGAGGAUGAGAUACCUUUUCCUGGAUCAAAGUUAAUUGAAGUGAGUGCUGUUCAGCCCAACAUUGCCAAUUUUGGGAGGUCCUUGCUGGGUGGCUACUGCUCAUCGUACGUGCCUGACUUUGUUCUUCAAGGAAUUGGGAGUGAUGAGAGACUCCGCCAGUGUCUGGUAUCAGAUUUGUCUCAUGCCGUGCAGCAUCCAGUUUUGGAUGAACCAAUAGCAGAAGCUGUCUGUAUUAUAGCUGAUAUGGAUAAAUGGACUGUCCAAGUGGCUAGCAGCCAGAGACGAGUGACAGAUAAUAAGCUGGGAAAAGAAGUGUUGGUGUCCAGUCUUGUUUCCAACCUGCUUCAUUCCACUCUUCAGCUUUAUAAGCAUAACUUGUCUCCAAAUUUUUGUGUAAUGCACCUUGAAGACCGGUUGCAGGAGCUGUACUUCAAGAGCAAAAUGCUGUCUGAGUACCUGAGGGGUCAGAUGCGUGUUCAUGUCAAGGAGCUGGGAGUGGUUCUUGGGAUUGAAUCCAGUGAUCUUCCUCUUCUGGCUGCUGUAGCAAGCACUCAUUCUCCAUAUGUGGCUCAGAUACUCCUGUAACAUGCCUAAAGGUUAUAAUUUUGAGUUUGAAAAUAUUAAGUGCAAUAAACAUACUAGCACAGAUUUCAUUUUGUUGCAGUUGGCAUACACACUGAGGAUUACUAAAAAAAAAAUGAUUUUAUGUAUUGCCUACUCCUGGUAGAUGUCUUAUGAGAAUAUUUGCUUUCUCUAAGUUAUUUAGAUGGUGGAUAUAUAAAAUGUACAUAUUUGUUCUUUGUUCUGAAUACAUUUCUCAAAUGUACACCUGUAUUAUAAUAACCUCCCAGUUCUAGGGGAAAUUUGUGCAAUAAACACACAUGUCAAUUUGA